CGUGGUUUCCGGGUAGGCUUCUGUAGGCUGUCCAGCUAGUGGUUACAGAAAGAAGCGCUGUUUGCCAUGAAUCUGUUCUAAGACCAGCUUUCCAAACAUUCGGGCCGCAUCAAGCCGUAAAAACGAGGCACUGAUCCGCAGUCAGUCUUCAGCCCGUCUAAUCUUCCGUCGCUGUUGUGUGCUCACUACCUUGUCUUCCGCACAGAGGGAUUCGACAGGACGUGUUGACGUGUGCAAUAUCCAUUUUGUAAAUUUGCCGGUAUUGUCAGUUCGGUACGAAUAUUGCGUUACUAACACGUUAUUUAAUAACCGUUAGCCUUUCAAGGCUAAACCAGAAGGCAUCCUGGAAGAAGCGGGUGCGCCGAAGAUUCCUACCCAACAUGGAUUCUAUGUAACUCCUGCGAAAUGUAACGAGGAGAUGGCUCCGGGGGAGAAAGAUCACCAGGGUACCAACCAUAUAGUCUUGGUCAAGAAAAUUAUCAUGAAAGAUGAGCCCACGUCGGGCCAGGGCAUCGGCAGGCCCAGUGUCUCCCAUGCUGUGGUGGUCAUCUUCCUGGAGUUCUUUGCCUGGGGUCUCCUCACCACUCCUAUGCUGACAGUUUUACAUGAAACAUUUCCACAGCACACCUUUCUCAUGAAUGGCCUCAUUCAAGGGGUGAAGGGUCUUCUGUCCUUCAUGAGUGCCCCUCUGAUUGGUGCCUUGUCAGAUGUGUGGGGCAGGCGGUCCUUCCUAUUGGUCACUGUAUUCUUCACCUGUGCCCCGAUUCCUCUUAUGAGACUCAGUCCCUGGUGGUACUUUGCAGCAAUUUCCAUGUCAGGGGCAUUCUCUGUCACCUUCUCUGUCAUCUUUGCGUAUGUUGCCGAUGUCACAGAGGAGCAUGAAAGAAGCACAGCAUAUGGACUGGUGUCAGCUACAUUUGCAGCCAGCCUGGUGACAAGUCCAGCCAUUGGGGCAUACCUGUCUGCGUGUUACGGUGACAACCUGGUGGUGUUGGUGGCUACGUUGGUUGCUCUGGCAGACAUCUGCUUCAUCCUGCUGGCUGUGCCAGAAUCCCUGCCAGAGAAGAUGAGACUCAACACUUGGGGAGCACCAAUUUCCUGGGAGCAGGCAGACCCAUUCCAGUCCAUGAGGAAAGUUGGGAAGGAUCCGACUGUUCUUCUCAUCUGCAUAACAGUGUUCUUGUCCUAUCUGCCUGAGGCUGGCCAAUACUCCAGCUUCUUCCUCUAUCUUAGACAGGUCAUUAACUUUUCAUCUGCAACGAUCGCUGUGUUCAUUGGCGUGGUUGGUAUCCUCUCCAUCAUAGCCCAGACACUUAUCUUGACAGUCUUGAUGAGAACUAUCGGAAAUAAGAAUACAGUUUUACUGGGUCUGGGCUUCCAGAUACUUCAGCUGGCCUGGUAUGGCUUUGGAUCAGAACCAUGGAUGAUGUGGGCGGCGGGGGCGGUGGCUGCCAUGUCCAGUAUCACCUUUCCCGCGGUGAGCGCCCUGGUGUCACAUAGUGCAGACCCAGAUAAGCAAGGUUUGGUCCAGGGGAUGAUCACUGGUAUCCGUGGCCUUUGUAACGGUCUGGGUCCAGCGCUGUAUGGCCUUAUCUUCUACAUGUUCAACGUAGAGCUGAACACCAUCGAUCCCAUCCAGGGAGAAUACCCCAUCGAUCCUAUGCCAUUAAACCCACCGACUGAGAAAUCCCUGAUCCCUGGUCCUCCGUUCCUCCUGGGCUCAUGCACGGUUGUCGUGGCGUUCCUGGUGGCCUUGUUCAUCCCCGAACACACCGAGACUCCGGUGGUGGCCUGCGCUGACUCCAAGGAGACCUCCAUGUUAGCCGGCGUCCACAUCAACACCCCGUUGCCUGGCAGCGACGAGGACACGCCGGCGCCGACCAGCGACGAGGACUUUGAGCCCUUGCUGCAGGACAGUGUCGUGUGACCGGAGGAGAGCGAAGGACAGCAAGCGGCUCAUUCACAGCAAAGGGAAUGACCCGCUAACGCGCCCCGUAUGUAGCCUAUCAAUGCCCAAUGGAGGAGAAACAGAGAAAAACACACGGAUGGUACAGGGGCCUAGCUAACUAACCUCAAUUUUGUGUGCUAUUCCUCCACCCUUGCACAAGCAGCCAUUCCUCCAUCUAUGCCCCUGUACUCGCUCCUAUCCCAUUAGGAACUAGUGUUUAUUUAUUUGGGAGGAUUUGAUAUGCUGAUUAUGAUUUUGUGAUGUGUCAGUGGAUGGAUUCCACCCAGUGUUUUUUUGGGGGUUUUCACCUAUAAGACUCUGGACCUAGUUUUUUCUUUAAGAGUCUGAAGGUAGAGGUAGCGGAACCAAACUGGUUACUGGUUUUAAUGAUACCAUUUCAACCAGCUUUGCCCUCUGGAGAGAAUUUAAAUUUUUUAGUAAGAUGCGUACCUGCGAUAGAAGAUCUUCACUUGUCAUCAUUUACUCGUUUUAACACUGAGCGAUACCUCAAUACACUGAGGUUUAAUGUGUGAAACUUAACAUAAACUUUCAACGACUGUUUUAUAAAGGAGUCCUCAUUUCCUAUGAGCAGCCAAUAAGGUUAUGACUAUUGAUGGGAUGAGAUGAAAGUCCGAUAUUUUGUGGGAGCUUCAGUUAACAAGCCUUAUGACCACUCAUGCUAUGGCGUUAUAUCAUUGUCUAAUAAUGGGUUGGGACAUGGGGGGUGGGGACAAUAGGAUAGUAGGGGAGUUGGCAUAGGAACAUUUGAUCUUGGUGUCAUUUUUCACACCAACAUCUUAGAACAGUUUUGGUAAUUUUACCACAGUGUUACUGUAUAGUAAGAACUGAUGCCAGAAUUGUUGCUGAGGGUUUUGGUUUCACACAGCAGGUUGUGGUUUCUAUUCAGUCUGGGAAUUUGCAAUUGUUAGUGUACUAAGCAUUUAUUUGUUUUUUUUUAACUAAAAGUAUAUAAUUUAUAACAUGUAUUUAUGAUGUAUUUUAUUUAUUCUAUGCAUAAUGUAUAAUGAAUAUUGCUAACAUUCUGCUUCACACUGACCAACAUGGCUAGGCUGCUCUAGUAGUAAAAAUAUUAUAUUUACAUUUGAGGGAGAUUUACUUUUCUUUUUAUAGCUUUUGCGGAGGAUUCUUUUUUUUAAGUAUAACCUUUUCAUGGUUCGGUUUCCUUUUUUUAAGUUGGUUGGAAACAAAUCAUGAAUUUCAAUCAUUGUUUAUAUCUCUUCACUACAUACAGUAUGUCACUGUGUUUUUGUUACCCUUAUAUUUUUUACAUAGUUUACUCAUGAUGUGGAAAACAAACACUAGUUGAACUCAAAUAGUUUGAAAAACCCAGGUUCUGUAGAAUAAGAGAGAGCAGUUUCACCUGGUUCAGAUGGCAGCCAUUUUAUUUUUGUACAUAAUCAUCCUCUUUUCUGUGAGGUUGCCACAGUGUGUAAAUGUCCAUAUUGUAUAUGUACAUAUUGAAUUAGGGUAUUAGUCCUGUAUCCUUAGGUUUUUGAAACCCGUACCCCUCCCUCACAUGAAUAACAAUGCCAUGUUGUUUUGCAUAAUGUGAAUGAGACAGUGACGUGCGCUAUAGAACUAUUAUGUAAGAGGUCUGAUGCCUGUGUCAGUUUGAGUAAGAAGAUUCCCUUUAGGAUGCAUAACACGUUUUAACAGUCAACUCUCAUGGGAAGUCUGGAUUCAUGAAAAAUACUAUAGAAUUAGAAUGCUAAGAAAACGUGUUGUACUUGUAUGUGAACUUUUUUUUUGAAGUGUUAACAGUAUAUUACAAACAAAGUGACCAAUGGGAGCGUCUGCUACACACGUGACUUCCUGUCGCUCUCUGAAACGAUGCGAUAGGCAUCAUAAACCGUUUCAUUCCAGACACUUUUUAGUUGUGCCCAGACAGUAGAAAGUGUUUGCACCUGGCAGUUGGCUAGUCAUGUCCUUGUUCUGGGACCUCUAAGCCUGUUCGUAACAGCACAGGAAAUUAUUUAAUUGAGCAGGAGAAGAUAGGAAACGUUAUCUGUCACCUCCAACCCCAAUCCUGUUGUGAAGUAUUUGGACCAAGAAUCCAUUAAUUGAUGUCACAAGGUUAACAGCUACUAUCAGAGUGGAUAUUGUCAAAUUUCCUCCUGUGUUGUAUUGCGCCCAGCCUGUAAAAGUCCAAAUGAAUUAUGUACAGUAUUGUACAUUAGUGUAGUUAUGAUGAAGACUAUUGCAUUGUAAUGUAUUGUAGAUGUUGCGGAACAGUGUCCUGGAAUGGUUUGAGUACAUAAAUAUAAUAUCUACAGUACAUAUCUAUAUAUAUUUUUGGAAGUUUAAGAACUAUAUUGCCCAUAAAUGAGAAAUGCCCACAUCUCCUCAAUGACUUUUGUUUUCUUUUCUGUAACAUGAUUCUAACAAUAUUUUCUCAUCGUCACGUCGACAUCAUAGUGUUAGUAGGAUGUUCACGUCUAACGUGAGACAACAUGUAACACCAUACCACCCCCAUGUCUGUAUAUGCACCCAGCAUCUUUCAGAGGAUUAGUAUACAAACGUGCCUAAGAAGUAAACGUUCAUUUUUCAAAAUAAGAACAAAUGACUAACCCCCCCCCCCGAAUUACAUGCUACUCUUUUGAAAGUGCACUUGUUUUAACCACGGCCCUUGAGGAUCUGGUCAAAAGUAGGGCACUAGGUAGGCUAGGGAAUAGGGUGUAAUUUGGGACAAACUCGAUGUAAAUAACUGAUGGUGUACAUGAAGUGGAUGUUAUUUCUCAUGACAACACCAACCAAUGAUAUGUACGUGGGCUAUGUAAAUACACUUCUUAUGUCUUGUCUUGAAAAAAAGAAAGCUUGAAUUGUUAAUAAAAAAAAUAACCUGA